AUCGUUAAAAUAUUGACUUCUAUUGACCCUUCCCAUCUAACCCCCUUUUCCUCUCACACAAAGUACUUUGAGAUCAAGCACUGUCGCUAUUAAGUCCAGUCCAUCAUACACAUUAUAUUUUACUUUGACUUACAUCUUGUGCCAUCUCUUUCACUUCAGUGAAUCUACAAAGGUGCCAAUCAGACCAAGAUUUGGCCCCAAUGCAUGAUGGUGUUAAUUAGAUGAGACUAGGAAAAUGUAUACGCGUGUGAUGGAAACUAACAUUCUCUGAGUUGUCAACUAAGUAAUUAUUUAAGGCAGCCCAGUUUCCCUUGUUUAUUUUUUAAAUGUUUGUUUUACCAUUGAAUCAGAUAUACAGCUGGCCAAAUAGGAAAAAAAAAGUUAGUAGAUGAUGGAAAUUCCUCCUCCGUGGGGAAAACUGGUUAUUAUUAUCGUCUUGCUUCGCAUUGAUGACGGUAGGUGAUCUCCCUAUUCAGUAACUGCAGCAGGGGAAUAGUAACUUUCCGAGGCAGAGAUUCCCCAGUAAGCGCUUCGGGAGCUGCAGGGUUAUUCUCUCUCUCUCUCUUUCUCUCUGGCAUGUACACAGACCAACUAGAGCUCUGGGUUCUCCCCCCUCACUCCCCUGUGAUGCACCCUGCUUGACGUGCGUUGGAUCCAAUGGGCUGCCGCCCCUGUGGGUGUUGCUACACGCUCAUUGGUUGGCAGGAGCAGGGCGCUGCGCAAAAACAGAAAAGCAGAGCGCUCGGAGCUCAGAAUCUGCCAGUAGAGAUCACAGGAGCUGGAGCCGGGACAGGAGAAGAACUGCAGCGAGAGAGACACAGAGAGAAUGAGGGUGAGAGAGAGUGAGAAGAAAAAACAGCAAGAGAAAAAAGACUGAUCAGCACGUCAAUAAAGAGCAACAUGAUAAUCAACAUCAUAACAAUGGCAAUAAAAGAAGAAACUACAAAUAAAAGAAAGAAAAUAUGAAAUCAUUAUUAUUAAAAUAAAGGAGAAAUCCCAGAGAAAUUCAGGAAAUGAAAGUUUUGGGCGGCAAACCUGCUCUCAGCCUUUUUGAUAUCAGAUCAUUUUGCUGGUUAUAAUUUUUUUUCCAUUUUUUUUGCCUUUUUGCAUCUAAAGGGGGCAUGUCCAGCGGUUCAUCCAGCAGCAUCUAUCCUUCCUGUUCCCAUCAGGAAGGCAAACCGAGGACAAUCUUGAAAUAUAAAAAUUUCCUCCUUGGGAUUUGCUGCUGUUGCCUUCACUGCCGCUGCAGCGGUGCAGUGCCAAGACUCCCGGAAUAAAUAAGAGCGGGCUACUGUGUAUACAGUGUGUAUCUCUAUCUCCAUUCAGCUCUAGGCAUUAUUAGUUGGUCAUUUAUUCCGAAGACCACAGAUGAGGAGGGGACGCCUGUCUUUUUCGUUUGCUCAGCAUAUGACAUAAUCAUAAAGAGAGGGAAAUGGGGAAGAAAAAAAUCUCACUAUGAAGCAGAAGGAAUAAUAAUAAUAAAAAAAGCCCUAGCUCUAAAUCCGACUCCCCCCUCCCUUCACACACGCACGCUGCCCUCAGUAUUUCGAGAGGAGGAGGUGGUGGUUUCUGAAGGAGGAAGUGGUGUUGGGGGGGGAUCGCUUUCCCCUUUUGGAGAUGAUUGUGCUAUUCCUCCUUGCCUUGCUCUGGAUGGUGGAGGGAGCCCUUUCCCAGCUUCACUACACGGUGCAAGAGGAGCAGGAGCAUGGCACGUUCGUGGGGAAUAUCGCCGAGGACCUGGGCUUGGACAUUACAAAACUUUCGGCUCGCCGUUUCCAGACGGUGCCCAACUCCCGGAGUCCUUACCUGGAGCUCAACCUGGAGACCGGGGUGCUGUACGUGAACGAGAAGAUCGACCGGGAGCAGAUCUGCAAGCAGAGUCCCUCCUGCCAGCUGCACCUGGAGGUCUUCUUAGAGAACCCCUUGGAGCUGUUCCGGGUGGAGAUCGAGGUGCUGGACAUCAACGACAAUCCUCCCUCCUUCCCUGAGCCGGACCUGACCGUGGAGAUCUCCGAGAGCGCCACGCCGGGCACCCGCUUCCCACUGGAGAGCGCCUUCGACCCGGACGUGGGCACCAACUCGCUGCGCACCUACGAGAUCACCCCCAACAGCUACUUCUCGCUGGACGUGCAGACCCAGGGCGACGGCAACCGCUUCGCCGAGCUGGUGCUGGACAAGCCCCUGGACCGCGAGCAGCAGGCGGUGCAUCGCUACGUGCUGACCGCGGUGGACGGGGGGCAGCCCCAGCAGCGCACCGGCACCGCCCUGCUCACCAUCAGGGUGCUGGACUCCAAUGACAACGUGCCCGCCUUCGAGCAGCCCGUCUACACCGUGUCCCUGCCGGAGAACUCGCCGCCGGGCACCCUGGUGCUGCAGCUCAACGCCAGCGACCCGGACGAGGGCCAGAACGGCGAGGUGAUCUACUCCUUCAGCAGCCACAUCUCGGCCCGGGCGCGGGAGCUCUUCGGCCUCUCGCCGCGCACGGGCCGGCUGGAGGUGAGCGGCGAGCUGGACUACGAGGAGAGCAGCGUGUACCAGGUGUACGUGCAAGCCAAGGACCUGGGGCCCAACGCCGUGCCCGCCCACUGCAAGGUGCUGGUGCGGGUGCUGGACGCCAACGACAACCCGCCCGAGAUCAGCUUCUCCACCGUGAAGGAGGCGGUGAGCGAGGCGGCCGCGCCGGGCACGGUGGUGGCCCUGUUCAGCGUCUCGGACCGGGACUCGGAGGAGAACGGGCAGGUGCAGUGCGAGCUGCUGCAGGGCGACGCGCCUUUCCGCCUCAAGAGCUCCUUCAAGAACUACUACACCAUCGUGACCGAGGGGCCGCUGGACCGCGAGCAGCCGGGCGGCGACGCCUACACCCUCACGGUGGUGGCCCGCGACCUGGGCGAGCCGGCUCUGAGCACCAGCAAGUCCAUCCAGGUGCGGGUGAGCGACGUGAACGACAACGCGCCGCGCUUCAGCCAGCCCCUCUACCAGGUGUAUGUGAGCGAGAACAACGUGCCGGGCGCCUACAUCUACGCCGUCAGCGCCACCGACCGGGACCAGGGCGCCAACGCCCAGCUCGCCUACUCCAUCCUGGAGAGCCAGAUCCAGGGCAUGUCGGUCUUCCCCUACGUCUCCAUCAACGCCGAGAACGGCUUCCUCUACGCCCUGCGCUCCUUCGACUACGAGCAGCUCAAGGAGUUCAGCUUCCAGGGGGAGCAUCGCCCCAGCCGCUCCGGGGGCGAGACCUCGCUGGACUUGACCCUCAUCCUCAUCAUCGCCCUGGGCUCGGUGUCUUUCAUUUUCCUGCUGGCCAUGAUCGUGCUGGCCCUGCCCUGCCAGAAGGAGAAGAAGCUCAACAUCUACACCUGCCUGGCCAGCGACUGCUGGCAGGGCUGCUGCUGCUGCUGCCCCUGCUGCAGCCGCCAAGCCCGGGCCCGCAAGAAGAAGCUCAGCAAGUCGGAUAUCAUGCUGGUGCAGAGCUCCAACGUCCCCAGUAACCCGGCCCAGGUCCCGGUGGAGGAAUCGGGCAGCUUCGGAUCCCACCAUCACAACCAGAACUACUGCUACCAGGUCUGCCUCACUCCGGAGUCAGCCAAGACCGACCUGAUGUUCCUCAAGCCCUGCAGCCCCUCCCGGAGCACUGACACGGAGCACAACCCCUGUGGGGCCAUAGUGACGGGUUACACGGACCAGCAGCCUGACAUCAUCUCCAAUGGCAGCAUAUUGUCUAACGAGACAAAACAUCAGCGUGGAGAGCUCAGUUAUCUAGUUGAUAGACCUCGACGGGUAAACAGUUCUGCAUUCCAGGAAGCAGACAUAGUAAGCUCUAAGGACAGUGGUCAUGGAGACAGCGAACAAGGAGACAGUGAUCAUGAUGCCACUAAUCGAGGUCAAUCCUCUGGCAUGGAUCUCUUCUCCAAUUGCACAGAGGAAUGUAAAGCGCUGGGCCACUCGGAUCGGUGCUGGAUGCCCUCUUUUGUCCCGUCCGAUGGACGCCAGGCUGCAGAUUAUCGCAGCAAUCUGCAUGUGCCCGGUAUGGACUCUGUUCCAGACACUGAAGUGUUUGAAACACCAGAAGCCCAGCCUGGGGCAGAGAGGUCCUUUUCCACCUUCGGCAAGGAGAAGGCCCUCCACAACACUCUGGAGAGGAAGGAGUUGGAUGGACUGCUGACUAAUACACGAGCGCCUUACAAACCACCAUAUUUGACGCGGAAAAGGAUAUGCUAGUCAAUUCUACAGGACUUACCUGAAGCAGCAUGAUUUGCACAAAAGUCGACCAACAAAAAGCAUCAACUUUUCAACUUCAUUAUCUUGGCCAUCCAGUUCUAUGUAACUGAAGGAUUUGUGUGCUGUUGGAGACAUCAUGGCCAACAAUAGGACCUAAUUGCUCUCAGCAGGCCUGAGAAAUGAGUUGAAAUGUGUGGAACUGUAGAAACUUCAGAGGCAACUGAUCUUGCCUUUCUGAUCAGUGUGUGCCUGUUUACAGCACUAUAUAUCUUUCUCUCCAAAAUGUCACUGAGCCCUUUAGAUGUUUAUAUUCACCACAAGAAGCCAAUCGUACAGAUAAAAGAAAUGUGCAUUAUAAAUGCAAUAUCACUGUUUUAAACUUGACUGUUUUAUAUUAUUUUUGUGUGAUCAAGUGUUCCCCAAACUAUUCCAACUUUACAAGAGAGAUUGUGAUCAUAAUCUUUUCACCUGUGGGUUAUAAAAAUGUUGUUAAUCUGCAGACCCACAAAAUAUCAAAGACAUUCUGUAGUUUAUACACGUGUUGCAAAGUGUUUACUGUACUAUUUCAAAGCUUCUAAAUAAAUAUAAAAUAUAUAUAUAUUAUAUUAUAUAUAAUUUUCCGAAAAAUGUGGUACAAUUUAGUUGAUUUUUAAAUGGAUUCAUAUAGUCCAAAUCAUACACUAAAGUGAGAAGGUAAUUCAGGGUCCCUAAGAUAUCCUUGCUAAAAAAAUAAAUCUUUAAUAAUAUUUCCCCAAUUUUGGUAUUUUGGUCAGUCCUGUUUUUCCUUGUUUUUUGUUGCUGUUGUUGUUGUUUGUUUUUUGUUAUUUUUAAAGCUGUAAGCAACAACAUUUUGUUUAGAAGUUGUACUGAAUUUUCAAUGCCAAAGAUGCAGCUGUCAGUUUUACCAGAAUGAGCACUGACUAUGUACUAUCAAAAGUAUAUAUCAAUCUCCAUUAUUUUGAUUCUAUUUCUAUGGUUUUUAAUUUGGUAUCACAACACCUUUUAUAAAGGAUCUAUAAACUCACCUGUAUAUGUUGUUAAAAAGAGCACUGGGUGUCUGUACAUUUUGAAAUGUAUUAUGUAAUGUAACUAAAGAUAACUGUUCUAAGGAAAUCCUCCCAAACUCCUAACACACACAUCUUUCUUUGACAUAAUUUUGUGCAAACCUAAGCAAAUAUAUAUCUUUUCAUCUUGGCUAGAAAUGGUUUUUGAUAAAAUACAAAUCACAAAGGCAUAGAACUGGCUGAGCCGUUAUUUUUUCUUCUUUUUUUACACUAAAGAGAUUUGGAAUAGGAAGAUGGCACAUUCUCAGACUGACCCUGCUCUCACAGGAAUUAAGAGGAGAUUGACUAAUGAUUUCAUUGGGAGCAGGAUCAAGCCCAUCCACAUAGUCUGUAUCUUUUAAAAUAAUUCUACAGAUUGAAAUGUUCUCUCACAAUGGGUUUUUUUUUUCAAACAUAUAUAAAAACUUGUUUGAAAAGAAAAGUCUUGAAAAGUAAAGGUUAACUUUACUUCCAUGUCCACAGAGUUGAAAUAUCAUUUACAAGUGUAAAAUCCAGUAAGAAGUUUCAUUUUUUACAUUCUCUACUGUACCAUUUCUUCUAUGUUUCCUUAUUAUUGACUGUCUGUCAGAUACUGAAAAGAAAUUAUAGAACUUUGUGUUAUCAACCCAUUGACAUCAAUAGAUCACUUCCCACUGUGGGUCAGGCCCUUAGUUCCAGAUUCUGAAGGUUUUGCCAGUGCUGAGUAUAUGUCACCACAUGAAUGACAAAAGAAUGACAAAAUCUGACCUCCACAUGAUGGAUGUUGUUUUUGUUGUGUUUGUUUGUUUGUUUGUUUCCAAUUACAAUUGCUAUUAGACAGGUCGUUUGUAUGGGAUCUGCCAUAGCAUUGAGUCACACUGCUUUCAGUGAGAGUUUCAUGUACAGAAUGCCACCUGGAUUGAGCCCUGAGAUAAUCAGUUUAUUUUAUAAGAGUAACAAAAAUAUGCUCAUGAAACAUUUGUAACACAUAUUUCUGACUUAUUUAUACAACUUACAAAAACUUCUUAGGACCCCUUUUAAAAUGUAUAUAUAAAAAUCACAAAAAAGCACAGAAAUAACUAUUGAUCUCAGCAAACACAGCAGUAAAAUGUUUCUUUAGCUUUAGAUAAUGGGACUUUAGUCACCUACAUGCCUUGUUAGUUUUAUGAAGAAUAGGCUAUUUUAGUAAUGAAAUGUCUGAAGUAUAUGCUAUUUGAAGAAGCCUGUCAAUUUGUUGUUGCUGCUUUUAAGGCAAGAAAUUGAUUGCCCUUUACUUAUUUCCUAAACAUUUCUUUAAAUUGAGGUAUAUGCUGUAAAAGAGGGUUGUUUUCUGUCUCGGGAGAAAAAAACGUCACCUUUUUCUUUUUUAAUAGAUUAUUAAAAUGGAUUUUCAUUUACUUAAUCCUCAUUCACACUUUGCAUGCAAUUUUUAAAAAUAACCAUAUAAAAAUGAUCUCAGACAUCUCCAUGGCUGGCCUUGUUCCAUGAACUCCAUACUGUAUACGUAUUUACCCACACCUAUUUCAUAGUUUACCUUGACUAAUCCUGCUUUCAAUCCAGACAAAAUAAUCUUCACUGUACUGAGUGUAGUGGGAGAGCUACAUGUAUAACGAUGGUCAGAUUGAGUCUUUUUAUAAUAGAUAGCAUUUGUGGCAUUUAGUUGAAAGUAAAAAGCUGUACGUAGCUAGCUAUACUGCCCCAGGAGGAGCUCUGCACACAGGGCUGUCCAAAUAGCUGAAUAAUCAGUUUGGGUGCAGGUCUGAAAAUAUAUAUAUAUAUUUUGAUUCAACCUGAAAUGAAGUUUCAAAAUUUUCUCUGAACCAAAAUGUAAAAGACUUUACAAUUUUGUGCUAACCAAAUUGUUUUCAUAGAACAGAAAUGAAACAUUUUGUUCAGAUUUAAAUUGAGAGAAAAUAGAACACAAAAUACCUUUCUGAAACAAACAAACCCCAGAUUUUGAUUUUUUAAAUUGUUCUUUGAUUGAAACAAUUUGCCAAAAUUAAUAUCUGUGGGGUUUUCUUUUCAAAAUAAGGUUAUGUAUGAAAAAUUUCACCCUGUUCUACCUGAGAUGAAUUUUGCCCUUGAGACACACAAUUCUUCCCAUGACCCUUUAUUGCACUUGAAGGGGCACAUACUUCUCACCGGGCUCCAGGCAGCUGAUAUGGGAAUUACAUGGGCUAAUCAGAUCUAUAGGCUUGAUUUUAAAAUGUAUUUAGGCACCUACGGGGGCAAAUAUGCAUCUUAUAGAAAUUUCAAAAGUAUCUAUGUACCUAAUUAAUCAUCAGACACCUAUCUGCAUCUUCAGGAAUAUAAAGACCUUUAAAAAUGUGGCACUUUCCCUGUUUCCACCUUCUAACUAAAAAGUUUGAAUAUGUACUUGCAUUCAUCUGGAUCUAAAAUUGCCCUAAAAUGGAUGUGCAGAGAUAUUUUGCCUUUCUUGCUUGGUUACAUUAGGGUUAAGAACAAUCUAGCUAUGCAUUAGGUGUAUAAUGCAAUCCCUACCCCAAAAUACACACACAAAUUAAAUUUAAUGAGCCCAUUACUGCAUGCUCUGGAGGUCAAUGGGAGGUACAUGCAGAAAUGGCUUAUAAUAUCAGAUCCCAUGAAGGAUAAGGAGAGCAUAAUAUUAGAUUUAUUUAUUUUAAAUUAAUGUUAGAAAUUCUUUAGUGUGUGUCUACGUUGCUUGACCAUUCAGCUUCUUCAAAGCCUUUCAAGACUGACUUUGUGUCAGUUUAUUACGUUUUGAGAUUCUAAGUUAGCAAUUUUUAAAAAAUCAGCUAGUUUAACAUAGUUCAUUUUUCCUUAGAAAAUAUAAUUUAAUAAAAACCUGUUUCACUUAAUGUAUUAUCAGCUACUUGAUCA